GCCGAGCUCGAGCCCGAGCUCUCAUAAGUUAAUCGAGCUCGAGCCUGGCCGAGCUCGGGCUCGGCUCGGCUUGUUUGCACCCUAAAGAAUGGAGGAAACAGUUCAUUCAGGAGAAAAUAAGUUUCGAACACGUGAUUGAAAAGCUUAAAUCGUAUAGAAAAGGCGGAACGCUUUUCAAGCUUAACUUCCUUGUUGUCUUCAACUCGAUCAUUGGUGAAUGUACCAAGAAUUUAGCCGUCAAUCAUAAAUUUCUCGCAUCGAUUAUGAAUGAAGGCGACAUAUCUAACAUGGAUUGGUGUAGUUACGUCAUAACUUGCCUGAAGAGAACGAAAGAGGAAUGGAAUGGUACAGAGCCUUAUAAUGGCCCUUUGACUUUUCUUGCGGUUUUAUACGCACACGGGCAACAACUGAAAUGUAGCCCUGAAAAAGCAAUAACACCGGCUAUAAAAUAUGUUACCACGGAUUAUUUAGUUGAUCUCGAGAGUUCCAUGUGUGACAAUGGACCGUGUUUGAAUGAUGACGUUGAAGAGGACAAUCAGUCAACUCAAUAUGUUGAAGUUCAAGUUGAAAUGGUAACUCAAAUUGAAUUUGAUAAAGGUCAAACCGGUGAAGUUCAAGCUGAUAUUGACCAAAAUGUGAACAUGCCCAUUGGCCCAUCGGGUGCUCGGUCACUGUCUGGAUUAUCAGCUAACCUUAGCCAUUGUAACCGAUCUGAACCGCCUAAAGAUGUGAUAGUGAGAAAGUUCUCAUCUCGUCGAAGUGACAUAGUUUGUGUCCAAGGCUACACAGUGAAGCGGGAUGUUGCAAAAAUUCUUGAAGCUAUUUUCGAGAAACACGGUGACAUUGCACACAAAUGUGUAAUCAAAACAAAUUCUUUGAGAUCACCAAUCCUCGAGGCUGUGUGUGAAGUUGCCAAGUGGAUUCAAGUCAAUGAUGUUAUUGACAAACUUGAAGAUAUAGAGAAUCGGCUGUCGGAUAUAAAGGCAGUCAACAUUGAUGUCUCAUGGCUUCAAACUCGCCUAGACGCCAUUUGUAAAAGAAAGGAGGUCAGUGAAGAGUACAAUUUGCUUAUGGAAAUGAAAGCAAACACCCUUUCGGCUAAAAAGGCUGCCCAAAUCUGUUUGAGAAAGAGACGUGCAGAGCUCGCGGAUGCACAAGAACAAUCUAAAAAGGCAAAAAGGUGUGUGGAUGUGUUGCAUCUUGUUGGAGCGAAUCUAAUCGAUCACUUGUUCAAAUCAGAGGCCAAAAUGAACUCAUGGGUAAAGGACGCGGUUGUGUAGGCUAAAUAGAUUAUAUUAUGUUAUUAGAAGAUUGUCUAGGCUAAAUGUGUGUUUUACGCUGUGUUUUACGCUUAAAAUCAUAAAAAACAAUCUCCUUACAACCUAAAAAGUAAUGAAAACAUAUAAAGACGU